UUUGAAUGAGGGGCCAUCAUCCCGGCGGCUCGGUCGGUCUGAGCUGGAAAAUACACUUUAAAGUCUCUCUGGAUGCGUUUAAAAUAAAACAAGCAGGCUUUUGUGACAGCUAGCUAAAAGCCCCUUCAACGCCCGUUCAUCUCCUCGCGGGGUUCCUUGGGUGCAUCCUCUCUGCUCCCUAUGUUUGGUGCUUCCCAGCUGCCUUAGCUCUUACUAGACAUUCAUUAAAAACACACAUACAUACACUUAUAACACAGUUUAAAAAGAAUCUCCAGCAUUCAGAAGAAUCCAGCCCACCACCUGCACCGCCCUCCUCCCCCUCUCCCUUUUUUCUCCUUAAGGGCAUAAAAAAAACACACUUUAGGACACACGGACACACUUCCAAACACAAGGCACCAUGUCCUCCAUCCUUCCCUUCACUCCCCCGGUAGUGAAGCGCCUCUUAGGAUGGAAGAAGACUCCAGCAGGGAGCGGAGGAGCAGGAGGAGGCAUCGGAGGUGUGGGGGAGCAGAACGGAGGAGGGCAGGAGGAGAAGUGGUGUGAGAAAGCGGUGAAGAGCCUGGUGAAGAAGCUGAAGAAGACGGGACAGCUGGAUGAGCUGGAGAAAGCCAUCAGCACGCAGAACAGCAACACAAAGUGUGUCACCAUCCCCAGUAACUGCUCAGAUCUGUGGGGUCUGGGCUCAGGUCACACGAUAGAGCAGUGGGACUCUACAGGCAUGUACGGAUACCCUGACCACAGCAGGUCCCUGGACGGCCGUCUGCAGGUGUCCCACCGUAAAGGUCUGCCCCACGUCAUCUACUGCCGCCUGUGGAGAUGGCCCGACCUGCACAGCCACCACGAGCUCCGGGCCAUCGACGCCUGCCAGUUCGCCUUCAACCUCAAAAAGGAUGAAGUGUGUGUCAAUCCCUACCAUUACCAGAGAGUGGAGACGCCUGUGCUUCCUCCGGUGUUGGUGCCACGCCACACAGAGAUCCUGACGGAGCUUCCUCCUCUAGACGACUUUACUAACUCCAUCCCAGAAAACACCAACUUCCCUGCAGGCAUAGACCCUCCUAAUAACUAUAUACCAGAGACUCCUCCCCCUGGCUACAUCAGUGAAGAUGGAGAGACGAGCGACCAACAGAUGAAUCAAAGUAUGGAAUCAGGCUCACCAGCAGAAAUGUCACCCAGCACCCUGUCACCUGUCAGUCACGGCCUCGACCUGCAGCCUGUGACCUACAGUGAGCCAGCCUUCUGGUGCUCCAUAGCCUACUACGAGCUCAACCAGCGGGUUGGAGAGACGUUCCACGCCUCCCAGCCGUCUCUGACGGUCGACGGCUUCACCGACCCGUCCAACUCCGAACGCUUCUGUCUCGGCCUCCUCAGCAACGUCAACAGGAACGCUACUGUCGAAAUGACAAGGAGGCAUAUAGGUCGUGGCGUCAGGUUGUACUACAUCGGAGGCGAGGUGUUCGCCGAGUGCCUCAGCGACAGCGCCAUCUUUGUUCAGAGUCCCAACUGCAACCAGCGAUACGGCUGGCACCCUGCCACCGUCUGCAAGAUCCCCCCAGGCUGUAAUCUGAAGAUCUUCAACAACCAAGAGUUUGCUGCACUGCUGGCCCAGUCAGUCAAUCAGGGGUUCGAGGCGGUCUACCAGUUAACCAGGAUGUGCACCAUCAGAAUGAGCUUCGUCAAAGGCUGGGGAGCAGAGUACAGACGUCAGACAGUCACCAGCACUCCCUGCUGGAUCGAGCUGCACCUCAACGGCCCCCUCCAGUGGCUGGAUAAGGUGCUGACCCAGAUGGGCUCCCCAUCAGUGCGCUGCUCCAGUAUGUCCUAAAGAAGGACCUCCUGCUGCUGCUGCUACAUGCAAAGUCAAUCAGACAUUUCACAACAUCUGACCAGAACGUCCUAAUGAAGACAGUCUGACAACAUUACCAUUAAGGAUUACACAGCAGGACGGGAGGACGGCGUCUCUGAUUGGACUGUUGAUGAUGUCACAGUGGGCCUGAUCACCUGUUGGCCCACAUGGAUUAAUGUUAGGAUGACAUUCCAGUAAUCAUGGACCUAAUAAUUGAAAUCACCUUGCAAUAUUAAAGUGCUGGGAGUGAUGUCACAGCGGACCAGACUCUGCGUUCAUGUUCCUGGUGUUUGACUGAUCCAGAAACAGGAAGCGGGACGGAGAUUUACCGUCCUGCUCGGUGACACGGCGGCUGUUUUUUUUGGAGGAUUGAGCAUGUGACGUCUCUCCAACCACUAGUCCACCUUACUGCUUCACUACCUACCGACCACAGCACAACUUUGAUUCAGGAUUUCUGUUUACACAAAGUUGACCAACAGUACUACUGCCACUCCAGGCUCAUAUUCAACCAAAGUCAGCUCCAUGGCCUGGACAUGAU